AAGUCUGGCUGCAAACCCAUUGCUGGAGCCCCCUCCCCCCCCUCUCUCUCCUCACCCCCUGGCACAAGUCUUCCUAUCUGAGCCCCGGAGACUCUACUGGGGGGAGGAAUCGGUGGCCCCUCCCCUGAGCCCGUCACCUCUAUAUAGAGGGGCCAGGCUGCAUUGGGCUCGGUCUGCCCAGCUGCUAGCAAGCACCCAUCUGGACACGCUGCGCCUUCGGCUUUCCUCCUGGAGUUCUGUGCCCUUUGAGCCAAAAUGGCACAGAAGAGCCAACUCAGCGACGAUGAGAAAUUCCUCUUUGUGGAUAAGAACAUCGUCAACACCACGGUGGCCCAGGCCGACUGGGCGGCCAAGAAGCUGGUCUGGGUCCCUUCGGAGAAGCAUGGCUUCGAAGCCGCGAGCAUCAAGGAGGAGAAGGGGGACGAAGUGCUGGUGGAGCUGGCCGAGAACGGGAAGAAAGUGACCUUCAGCAAGGAUGACAUCCAGAAGAUGAACCCGCCCAAGUUCUCCAAGGUGGAGGACAUGGCCGAGCUCACCUGCCUCAACGAAGCCUCCGUCCUGCACAACCUCCGGGAGAGAUACUUCUCGGGCCUCAUUUACACGUACUCGGGGCUCUUCUGCGUGGUGGUCAACCCUUACAAGCAGCUGCCCAUCUACUCGGAGAAGAUCGUGGACAUGUACAAGGGGAAGAAGCGCCACGAGAUGCCGCCGCACAUCUACGCCAUUGCCGACACCGCCUACCGGAGCAUGUUGCAGGAUCGAGAGGAUCAAUCCAUCCUUUGCACGGGAGAAUCGGGCGCAGGCAAGACAGAAAACACCAAGAAAGUGAUUCAGUAUUUGGCCGUGGUCGCCUCCUCACACAAGGGUAAAAAAGACGUCAGCAUCACGCAAGGGCCAAGUUUUGCUUACGGUGAGUUGGAAAAGCAGCUUCUCCAGGCCAACCCCAUCCUGGAGGCUUUUGGGAACGCCAAAACUGUGAAGAACGACAAUUCCUCCCGAUUCGGCAAAUUUAUCCGCAUCAACUUUGAUGUGACGGGGUACAUCGUGGGAGCAAAUAUUGAAACCUAUUUGCUGGAAAAAUCUCGCGCUAUUCGUCAGGCCCGAGAGGAAAGGACCUUCCACAUCUUUUACUAUUUACUUGCUGGGGCCAAUGAACAAAUGAAGCUGGAUCUUCUGCUGGAAGGGUUCAACAACUACACCUUCCUCUCCAACGGCUACGUGCCCAUCCCUUCUCAGCAGGACAACGAAAUGUUUGAGGAGACCCUGGAAGCCAUGACUAUUAUGGGAUUCACAGAAGAAGAGCAGAUUGCGAUGCUGAAAGUCGUCUCAUCAGUUCUCCAGCUUGGCAAUAUUGUCUUCAAGAAGGAGCGAAACACUGAUCAGGCCUCCAUGCCGGACAACACAGCUGCCCAAAAGGUUUGCCACCUCACGGGCAUCAACGUGACAGAUUUCACACGGUCCAUCCUCACGCCGCGCAUCAAGGUCGGGCGAGAUGUUGUGCAGAAGGCUCAGACCAAGGAGCAGGCUGACUUUGCUGUCGAGGCCUUGGCCAAAGCAACCUACGAGCGCCUCUUCCGUUGGAUCCUGAGCCGGGUGAACAAAGCCCUUGACAAGACCAAGAGGCAAGGCGCCUCCUUCUUGGGCAUCCUGGACAUUGCCGGCUUUGAAAUCUUCGAGAUCAAUUCCUUUGAGCAGCUUUGCAUCAACUACACCAACGAGAAGCUCCAGCAGCUCUUCAACCACACCAUGUUCAUCCUGGAACAGGAAGAGUACCAGCGCGAGGGCAUCGAGUGGAAUUUCAUUGACUUUGGGCUGGACCUGCAGCCUUGCAUUGAGCUGAUCGAAAGACCGAAUAACCCCCCCGGGGUCUUGGCCCUGCUGGAUGAGGAAUGCUGGUUUCCCAAGGCUACCGACACCUCCUUUGUGGAGAAGUUGUCCACCGAGCAGGGCAGCCACCCCAAGUUCCUGAAGCAGAAGCAGCUGAAGGACAAAACCGAGUUCUGCAUCAUCCACUAUGCCGGGAAGGUGUCCUACAACGCCAGCGCCUGGCUGACCAAGAACAUGGACCCUCUGAAUGACAACGUGACGGCCUUGCUGAACCAGUCUUCCGAGAAGUUCGUGGCGGAUCUCUGGAAAGACGUGGACCGCAUCGUGGGCCUGGACCAGAUGGCCAAGAUGACCGAGAGCUCCCUGCCCAGCGCCUCCAAGACCAAGAAGGGCAUGUUCCGGACGGUGGGACAGCUGUACAAGGAGCAGCUGACGAAGCUCAUGACCACCUUGAGGAACACCAACCCAAACUUCGUCCGCUGCAUCAUCCCAAACCACGAGAAAAGGGCAGGGAAGCUGGACGCCCACCUGGUGCUGGAGCAGCUGAGGUGCAACGGGGUCUUGGAGGGCAUCCGCAUCUGCCGGCAGGGCUUCCCAAACAGGAUCGUCUUCCAGGAAUUCCGGCAGCGGUAA